AUGGCAUUGUUCUCGACGGAGAUUGCGAUCCCAAUCUGUGCCGUCAUCGGGAUUGCAUUCGCCCUGGUGCUGUGGCGUUUUGGGUCGCACAUUGGCGCCGACCACGCCGACGAAGAGCGAGGCUUAAGACGUGAAGACAAGGCACGUGUUAAGCAUAACUCUAAGGAGAUAACGGAGGCCGUCAAUAAAGAAUUAACUGAAUUAUACCUUAUUUCGUCACACAUAAGUAGAAGGUCAAGAAUCAGAUUGUUGCUUUAUUUGCUUGAUAUCGAGGCUAAGAUAUUGUUUGUGAUUGCAACAGGCGUGAGUGAUUUUCUGCGCAAGGAGUACCUGUAUGUUUUUGUUUUGGUGGUUGCUUUUGCAAUUCUAAUCAUCCUCUUCCUUGGAAUUGUUGAGAGAUUCAGCACCCAAAGCCGGCCUUUCACUUUUUGUCCUUCAAACACGUGCAAGCCUGCACUUGCCAUUGCGGUUUCAUUCUUAAUUGGUGCUCUCACAUCAGCCCUCUCUGGUUUCCUUGGCAUGAAAAUUGUUGUGGAUAGCAAGGGCUCUUUCAAUGCUGCUUUCAGGUCUGGUGCAGCAAUGGGAUUUCUUAUGGCUGCUAUGAGUCUUCUCGGGCUCUAUAUUGCUAUCAAACUGUUCAAGUGCUAUUAUGGCAAUGACUGGGAAGGUCUUUUUGAGGUCAUUACUGGUUACGGUCUUGGUGCAUCUUCCAUGGCUUUCUUUGGAAGAGCCGCUGGUGGAAUUUAUGCCAAGGCUGUCGAUGUUUAUCUUGAUCUGGUUAGCAGAAAUUCGCAAGAUUACGAAGACUAUCGAAGCUUAAGUGUGAUUCCUUGUGAUGUCGGUGAUAUUGUUGGGGAUAUUGCUGGUAUGGGGACUGAUCUUUUUGGCUCUUAUGCCGAAUCAUGCUGCGCCGCCCUUGUUGUUGCUUCCAUCUCUUCUUUCGGAAUCGAUCACAACUUCACCGCUAUGUGUUAUCCCCUGCUUAUCAGCUCUAUGGGUAUUCUUGUUUGCUUGAUCUCAACUCUCUUUACAGCCUACUUCUCAGAUAUCAGGGAAGUGGGGAAAGAGGGGGACAUGAGGCCUGCAUUGAAGAAGCAACUCAUUAUUUCCACUGUUCUAAUGACCUUCGGAAUUGCUAUUGUUAGCAGCAUUGCUCUGCCCUCGUCAUUUAAAAUUUACUACUUUGGGAUGGAGAAAGUUGUGACGAAGUGGCAGCUGUCCUUCUGUGCUGUUUUUGGUCUUUUGGCUGGGUCAAUUAUUGAAUUGUUCCCUGAAUAUCACACCAACGAUUGCAUCAGGAAUAUCCAGAGAGUUGUUACCGACGCUGGCGUCCCCCUUGCCUCUGUCUGCGCUGUCCUUACCUCUGUCCUUACCUCUGUCAUUAUCCCAAUUUGUGCCGACAUUAGCUUUUCUGUGGGUUUCAGUAUUGCUGCCGCAUAUGGAAUUGCUGUGGCCGCCCUUGGGAUGCUAAGUACCAUUGCCACUCGAUUGGCCAUAGAUGCUUACGAUCCCAUCAGUCGCUAUGCUGAACGUAUUGCUGUCACGGCUCCCAGGCAAUCCUUUCGGAACGCUGGCAAUCCUCCAGCUGCCGCUGGAAAGGGAUUCGCCAUUGAAUCAGCUGUCCUGGUGUUUAUCGCUCUGUUUAGUGCAUUUGUGAGUCGUGCAGCAAUUUCUCAUAUUGAAGUCCGGACGCCGAAGGUUUUGGUCGGUUUUAUUGGGGGCUGCAUCCUUACUACUUCUCUACUAAGACAAUGAGAAGUGUGGGACGUCAAGGAUUGAAGAUGGCUCAGGAGGUCGCCAACCCAAGGGCUGAUCCUGAGACCCCUGCAUUUGCUAGACACAUCAAAAUUUCAACUUAUGAAUUUUUCACAGGGUUGAUUCUUCCGGGUGCUCUUGUCAUGUUAGCACCAAUUCUCGUCGGGACCUUCUUCGGUGCAGAGACGCUGUCUGGUGUUUUGGCUGGCUCUUUCUCUUCUGUUAUUCGGAUUGUGAAUGCAUCGUCCAAUGCCAAUGGACCAUUGAACAAAGCGAACGAGGACAUUAGGGCUGGUGUUUUGGAGUAUGCGAACUCGAAUCCCCGUCCCCGUAUUCAUCUCGGAGAUGCUUCAGAUCAAGCCUUUGGCAGUCAACGGAAGGACACUUCAGGCCCACCACUCUGCAUCCUCAUCCAGCUAAUGGCAGCCGAGUCGCUUGUGUUCGCUCGCUUCUUUGCCCCUCACCGUGGUUAGCUCUUCAAGAUUUUCUGAGGGAGGGAAUGGACGACUUCCCUUCCAUAGCAGCGGCGGCAAUGUUGAGACAGAAAUUGUUAUGUAUUUCCGUUAAGUUUAUUUGGGUGUUCACAUACCCAAGAGUACAUUUGGGAAGAUUUACUUGCAAGAGAAG